AUGAACAAAGAAGAACCUGUGACCCCUGUGGGGCGGCUGUUCUUGCAAGAAGAAGGAAAUCAAGUUAUCAAUUGCAUAACCAAUGCCAAAUACCGGAUCAACAUAGAAUCCGUUAAAGCCGAAAUAAAAAACUCCAUUUUGAUUCAGCACCCAAGAUUUCAAAGUGUUUUAGUAAAAAACAAGAAUGGUAGAGAAUAUUGGAAAAGAGGUGAUGUAAAUUUAGACAAACACAUAUUUGUCAUUCAAGACAUUGACCAUGGUGAUUCGCCAUCCGGCAUUCUUAGCGAUGACGAGAUCGUGAAUGAGUAUUUGGCAGAUCUUACUGUUUCAUCGCCUCUCAACAUUGAUAAACCAUUAUGGGAAAUACAUAUAUUGAAGGAUCAAAACUGCAUAGUAUUGAGAAUUAAUCAUGCUUUAGGUGAUGGGGUAUCUUUAAUGUCUUUGAUUUUGGCUAUGUGUAGGAAAGUUGACCAGCCUGAUCAAUUACCCAGCAUCCGUAAAAAUAGCACCAAAAGUAGUAGUAGCAGCAGUAGUAUGCGGGAAAUGAUUUGGAGAUUGGUAAUGAAGAUUUGGUUAACUAUUGUUUAUGGAACGGGCUUCUUACUUCGAAGCUUGUGUUUGAAAGAUGCUAAAAGCAAGAUAAGUUGUGGGCAUGGUGUUCAGCUUUGGCCGAGGAAGCUUGCUACUGCUAGGUUCAAGUUAGACGACAUGAAAUCUGUCAAGAAUGCCGUCCUUAACGCGACUAUCAACGAUGUUCUUUUCGGCGUGAUUGCAUCUGGAUUAUCGCGAUACUUGGAUUACCAUCGAACCUCGGACUCGAAACCAAAAGAGGGACUUCAAAUCACGGGAAUAGCAAUGGUGAACCUUAGAGAACAACCUGGAUUACAGGAGAUGUCAAGUUUGGUAAAGAGCAGUUCGGUGACAAGUUGGUGGGGUAACAAAUUUGCCUUCCUUUUGCUCCCAAUUUAUCCCCAUAAAAAUGUUGGUAAUGAUGCACUUCAAUAUGUCAAGAACGCCAAAGAAAUGCUCGACAAGAAGAAACUAUCGUUAGAAGCUCAUUUCACUUAUGCGAUUAGUAAAUUAGCGAUGUCACUUUUGGGUCCAAAGGUCACGUAUUUUCUUAACAACAAGGUUUUCUGUAAUACAAGUUUUACGACAUCGAAUGUGGUUGGUCCACAAGAAGAGAUUAUGUUCGGAGGAAAUCCAAUAACUUCAUUUAGAGCAACUUCGUCCAGUUUACCCCAUGCACUGACAAUGCACAUGGUAAGUUAUGCUGGAAAAGCAGAAAUGCAAAUUCUUGUGGCUAAAGACAUUAUUCCAGAUCCUCAGUUCCUUGCGAAGUGUUUUGAAGAUGCAUUGCUUGAAAUGAAGGAGGCUUCUGUUAAGAUCUGA